AAAAUCCAGAACAAUACAGGAUUAUAGGAAUCAUAAACUAAAAUGAAAGUAAGAAAACCAACAAGUAAAAGAACCACUACCCGUAUGAGGGAGGGAAUUAAGAAGAAAGCUGCAGCUCAAAGAAGAAAAGACAGAAAGUCUUCAAAGAAGGAUCCAACAUGGAGAUCUAAAAAAAAGGAUCCUGGAAUCCCAUCUAGUUUUCCUUAUAAAGAUAAAAUUCUUUCACAAAUCGAGAACAAGAGGUUGCAAGAUCAGCUAGAGAAAGAGCGUCUUAAACAAGAAAAAAUUGUUGCAGGAAAUGAACAAAAUCAGAAUAAUGAUGAUGAACAAAGUCAAAUUGGAGAAGACGAAGAAAUUGAAGAUGAAGGCUCUAAUCCAUUGGCUGCAUUAUUGGCUUCUGCUCAACAAGCCGCCAAAGAGUUUAACGGGGAUGAUGGUGAAGACGAAGACGAAGACAUAAUGGAAAAAGAGAUUGAAAAUGAAUUGGAUAUAGUGGAUCAUGAAAUUGAAUACUCUGAUGACGAAUCUAUUAUUCCAAAUGAUAUGGAUAAGUCAAGAAAAGCCUAUGAUAAGAUUUUUAAAGCUGUUGUUGAGGCAUCAGAUGUAAUAUUAUAUGUUCUUGAUGCCAGAGACCCAGAAACAACUAGAUCAAGAAAAGUUGAAGAAGCUGUUUUAAGCGAUCCUAACAAAAGAUUAAUAUUUAUAUUAAAUAAGAUAGAUUUGAUCCCAGAUAAUAUACUUCAAUUGUGGUUAACAUAUUUUAAAUCACAAUUUCCUACUAUACCCAUUAAAGCAGCAUCAGGAAAUUCUGCUGCAAGAUCAAACACUACAACUAGUUUUAAUAAGAAUUUUUCUCAAGCAGUCACAUCGAAAAAUCUUUUGCAGUCAUUGAAAACCUAUGCAAAUAAAAGUAAUUUAAAAAGAUCUAUUGUUGUUGGUGUUAUUGGCUAUCCAAAUGUUGGAAAAUCGUCUAUUAUAAAUUCAUUAACCUCUAGGUUUAAUAGGUCAUCAAAGGCUUGUCCAGUUGGUAAUCAAGCUGGGGUGACGACUUCAUUACGUGAAGUCAAAAUAGAUAACAAGUUAAAGAUUCUUGAUUCACCCGGUAUUAUUUUCCCAAAUACACCAGUUGGUGUUAAGAAUAAUAGUAAAUUGAACCAAUUUAAGAAAGAGCAGGAGUAUAAAUUAGUUUUAUUAAAUGCAUUAUCAAAUAAAUUUAUAAAAGAUCCAACAAAUGCAAUUCAAUUGUUGAUUAAACGGAUUAUUAAUUUAGAAAAUUCCGAUCCGUUUGAAAAUUUUGAAAAAUAUUAUGAAUUACCACCAAUACCAAAUAUUAAUUUAAAAAAUUAUACUAAACAAAUAUUGGUUCAUGUUGCAAGAAAAAGAGGAAGACUAGGCAAAGGAGGAGUUCCAAAUCUUGAUAGUGCAGCAUUGAGUAUUUUAAAUGAUUGGAAAGAUGGGAAGAUAAUUUGUUGGACUUUACCACCAAAGAAUGUUAAAGAAUUUAAAAAUAUAAGAAACAAUAAAGAGUUGCCCAAGACUGAUCAAGUUACUAUUGUGAAGCAAUGGAGUAAAGAAUUUGAUUUAGAUGAAUUAUUUAGGAGCACUGGUAUUGAUAAUGUUGAACAAGAUCAAGUUAUGGCAUAA